AUGUUGAGGUAUUUUAAGAAAAUACGAGAUGAACCUACUUCAAACAAGUCAUCUCCCCCUCCACCACCUCCUCCUCCUCCACCAGCUCCUCUUGAUGCUGACUCAAAUGAGUAUCCUAGUGAUCCUGGGCUAAGAAAGAACAUUCUUGAGUAUAAUGUUAAUGAAAGGGAGAUUGUUCGACGUUACUAUUUACAAAAAGAAUACAGCAUUGCAAAAGAUGCGGCUUUUUAUCUUUAUUGCUAUUUAUUCAAAGCGGAUUAUGGUGGUCAAAGUGGUGGUGAUUCUUUUGUUACUGAGGGAUUUAAAAAUUGGAGAAAGAAAGAAAAAUUUAAUGAACAUGUUGGAAAUCAGAGUAGCAUUCACAAUAGAUUUCUUGCUGACCAUAAUGAGGAUAUCAAUAGAGUUGCACUAGACAAUGCUCCCUCAAAUCUCAAAUUGACAUCGCCUGAUAUUCAGAAAGAUAUUAUCAGAUCCAUUGCUUAUUUAACCACUAAUUCUAUUCUUGGAGAUCUCGGUGAUGAAUUAUUUAUUAUAUUGGUUGAUGAUGCUCGUGAUAUAUCUGUUAAAGAACAAAUGACAGUUGCUUUACGGUUUGUAGAUGAAAGGGGAAAUAUUGUUGAGCGCUUUCUAGGCAUUGUACAUGUAAGCAACACUACUGUCUUAUCACUUAAAACUGCUAUUGAUUCUUUAUUGUGCCAACAUGGAUUAUCUAUAUCUAAUUUGCGGGGGCAAUGA